AUGACAGAAAACGAAGACCUCCUGGCCAAGAUCGGCCAGCUGGCAGGCCAAAUCAAUCGACACAAGACUCAGUCCUCCCAGCCUCCCACUGGCCAGCCCUCCUCGCAAUAUGUCUCCCGACAUGCCCCCUCACACCCAGGAUGGGCGCCAUACUCGCGAGGAAGAGGGCGUGGUCGCGCGCCAGCUCCGCAUCGCAAUCGGACGCUCGUCCUGAAUAACACAGGCGCAAGCUCCACACCAUCUCCCGGACCCGUGAGCGACAACAACGACAACGGGGCACGUUCAGCGACAACCUCGAACGGGUGGGUUGCGAAGCGCGAUCGCCACAUGCAGCUGAUCAAUUCCGCUGUCUAUGACAAGGAGGCUCAGGCCAGGGCCAAAGCGAUGGAGGAGACGCGGAAACUCAAAGCACAGAGACGAGCACACCGUGAACAGACCAAGGUGCUUCGGUACGCGCAGAAUGCCCCACCGUCUGCAUCGACUGCUCCAUCUGCCGGUCACCAGAUUCUUGUUCACGAUCAGCCCUUCCAGAUUGCACGUGGCGGAAGCAAGCUGGUCCGCAUUUCAAAUGAUCCGAAUGCUGCCAAUACGACACCGAAGCGAGUCACCGUAGCUGGCGUGGCCUUUGUGCGGAGCAAGAACGGCAAUCUCCACCGUGUUGGAGCGGUGGCCUCGAAGAAGGAGGAAUAUAGAAAUCCGACAGCAGUCAAGAAACGCGACGAACUGUGCAAGAGAUUUACUACGACCGGUAUUUUGUUUUCCGACGGGCCAUCAUCUCGCAAGGUUGUGGUUGCCAACGCUGACACUUUCGUUCUAGGGACCUGCUACAAAGGCCCGUCGUGCCCCUUCGUGCACGACCCCAGCAAAGUGGCCAUUUGCAAGGAAUUUCUGCAGACAGGCAAGUGCAGCGCAGGUAACAGCUGUGAUCUCUCCCAUGAGCCCUCGCCCCACCGCUCCCCUACCUGUAUGCAUUUCCUUCGCGGCCGGUGCUCCAAUCCUGAGUGUCGGUACGCCCACAUCCGGGUGACCCCCGGGGCGCCAGUAUGCCGCGGCUUUGCGACCCUGGGGUAUUGCGAGAAAGGAUCCGAGUGCGAGGAGCGUCACGUCCACGAAUGCCCGGACUAUGCCAACAACGGAAUCUGCCACAAGAAGCGCUGCCCGCUGCCCCAUGUGGACCGCGCCGGCCAGAUCCGGAAGGCAGCCGCGGCUGCGGCCAGCAAGCCCGAGGCGGCUGACCGGGAAGAGGAGUCCGAUCCGUCUAGUGAGGAAGAGGACUACGAUGAGAUCGACUCCGAUGACGUUGACUCGGAUGAGUUUGAUGAGGAACUGAUCGAAGGCGUGGAUAGCGGCAAGGCGUCGCAGCAGCAGGACUUUAUCCACCUCUAA